UCCAGAGAAGCACUCCGCUAUAAAAUCCAAAAGCCCCAUUCCAAUAGACAUUCAAAACAAAAUCGAUUAAAAUCUCUCCAUAUUCCAUCAUAGUUCCUUCCAUUUCCUAAUCAAUUUCUAAUCUACCAAUGCCGAGCCGAUUCCCGGGAGCCAUAUCUCAAGAUUGGGAGCCUGUAGUGCUCCACAAGUCCAAGCCAAAGGCGCAAGACCUUCGCGAUCCAAAGGCCGUGAACCAAGCGAUUCGAUCCGGCGCGCCCGUCCUGACCGUGAAGAAGUUCGACGCCGGUUCGAACAAGAAAGCCACGGCAGCGCCGGUGAACGCGAGAAAGCUCGAGGAAGGAACCGAGCCGGCGGCGCUCGACCGGGUACCGACGGAGGUAAGGCAUGCGAUUCAGAAGGCGCGGCUGGAGAAGAAGAUGAGCCAAGCGGAACUUGCGAAGCAGAUUAACGAGCGGACUCAGGUGGUGCAGGAGUAUGAGAAUGGAAAGGCUGUGCCCAAUCAAGCCGUUUUGGCUAAGAUGGAGAAGGUCUUGGGCGUCAAGCUUCGAGGCAAAUCUGGCAAGUGAUUUUGGAAGCUGUUCCAAUGGCGGUUUCAUGUAAUUAAAAUGAACCGUUAGAUUAGUAACGGUGAUCCGUUUGGGAUACACGUGGCAAAAGUUUAAUAGGUUUAUUUCGUCAUGUUUAUGGCAAAAUCCACAAAUUAUUAUUAUUAUUAUUAUUAUUAUUAUAUAUUUUGAAAGAC